AUGGAUGAGGUGGAUACUGAGCCACUUACUUCAGAGGUGCUCAAUGCAACUCUAGCAGAUGAUCCAAGUCCCAUAGAUGAAGCAGGCACUGAGCCACCUACAUUAGAGGUGCCAGGUGAAGCUCUAACAGAUGAUCCAAUCUCCAUGGAUAUGGAUGCCAAGCCAUUUACCCCUUCAGCUACAUGUCAUGAUCCCCUUGAUGGUGUUAGUGCACCUGUUGGACUGGACCAUGGACAUAUCAAGGAAAUGAGUUCACAUCUAGGUUCUACUGUCAAGCAGCCUGGAUUUUCUAACCUGCUGCAUUCUACAUUGAAGAGGCCCAGGUCUCCUACCCCACCAAUUGAACUUACUGGUACAGCAAAACAUGCAACCAGUCCCCAUCCCAUGAAGAAGAUGAAGACCAGUCAUGCUGUCUCCAGUAUGAGUUCUCAUGGACAACAACCCACCAUAAAGCCCCAUGUUGUCAGUCCCUCACAGGGGUCUAGGUCAAGAUUGGAACAGGAUUCCAUACACACUGGACAGGAUGCCAGAACUGAUCAUUCCAAUUGCAUUGAGAGCAUGGAGUCUUCAGCCCAACUUGGCCCCAUAAAGGAAGUUGAUGUGGAGGGGGGCCAGGCCAUCCACUCCUUCACUUUCAGAUUUCUGAUGCCCCAAAGGAUACUUAUGGGUGCAAUGGCAACACUACAUUUAGCUGGCCAAGAACAAAGUCAUGAAGCCAACACAAGUCCUCACACUGAACACAAUCCUGACCUGAAUGAUGGACCCUUUAGUAGCCUGCCACAUGAUGUUGGAUCUAAUGCUCAACAGAAUGAAUCCACCUCAAAUGGACUCAAACAAACCAUUCUCAUCUGCCUUGUCAACACCUAG